CCCGCCUUUCCUGGCUCCGCGACGACGGGAGCGCGCAGUGGAGCUUGACACUCGCAUGCAGAAGUGAGAAAUCACCGACGGACCCUGAACUGCUCACUGGGACAAACAAACAAAAAAUGCUGCCUUCAACGGCCUUCAGACGGGAAAUUCGUGUGAAAUGAUUUACUCAUAGGACGACCUGAGAUUUUUUUGCACUUGUUUGAAGCUUUUUGAUUGGAAGUGGACCGGAUUGAUUGAAGACACAGACAAUAUUGGACAGAAAAUGGCGUCAAAGCUCCUGCAUCUUCUGGCUUUGUGGACCACACUGCUGGUGAGUGUGCGCUGCUGUCCAGAGCUGUGCAGCUGCCAGGACAAAUUCGCCCACCAGUUUGCCGACUGCGCCUACAAAGACCUCCUGGCGGUGCCCGUGGGUCUACCCUCCAACGUUACCACCGUCAGCCUUUCGGCCAAUAAAAUUAAUUCCCUCAAAAGCAAAAGCUUUGUCAACAUCACCCAGGUCACCUCUCUGUGGUUGGCACAUAAUGAAAUUGUUUCCAUCGAGAUGGACACUUUAGCCCCAUUGGUCCAACUUCGUAACCUAGACAUCAGCUACAAUAAAAUAGUCAACUUCCCGUGGGAGGACCUUCACAACCUGACUGCCUUGCAGCUUCUCAAAAUGAACAACAACGAGAUGGUCAACCUCCCCAAGGACGCCUUCUCCACGCUCAAAGAUCUACGCUCGCUGCGUAUCAACAACAACAAGUUCACCACUAUUGUCCAGGGCACUUUCAGCGCUCUGUCAUCCAUGUCCCACCUUCAGAUCUUCAACAACCCCUUCUCGUGCUCCUGCAGUCUGGAGUGGCUGAGGGACUGGAUCGCAACAACCAAGAUCUCCGUUCCUGAGACCAACUCAAUUGUAUGCGAGGCCCCCGAGCUCCUUAAGGGUGUCAUGGUCAUGAAAAUCCCCAAACUGGACUGUCAGGCCCCUCAUGUCACCAUAACCUACCAGCCUGACAUUGCGACGACGGAGCUCCUAGAGGGCUCCAUGGUGGUCUUGAAUUGUGAAACACAAGGAAGCCCCAGGCCGCAGGUUACCUGGGAGGUGAUUGCAGGAAAUCAGAAUUUUCUCUUCCCUUUGCCAUCCACCAGUGAGACAAACAACCAGCCCAUCAACGACAAGACCACCAAUAAUCGAUUCCUUGUUUUUCAAAAUGGCACCCUGGUGGUCCCUCGUCUGACUAAAAAGGAAGACGGAAAUUAUAGCUGCCUUGCAGUGAAUGAUCUCGGUAAGGCCGAGAGCUCCGUGAAACUGACCCCGGCAGUAAGCAAAAAACACCUAUCACCACUGGACGCUACGGUGGACAAGAUCCGUCCGUCUCUCAACAAGCCUACUCAGCCCAAGAGCUCCAAGAACAACGUCAUCAACCGGGACAAGAGCGACGACAAGACAAAGAUCAGCCCGCAAGGUUUGCCGAGCAAAGAAGAUGACGCGGAGGACGUUGUUCCUAAAGACCCCGUCUUUACCAGCAAAUGCGGCGUGAGGGACGGCAGCGAGUAUGUCUCUAACCACGCCUUUAACAUGAGCCUGGACGACCUCAAGCAGUACACCUUUGAUUUCGGCGUCAUCGCCCUGGAAGUGUCUGAGACGGAGGCCAAAGUGAAGCUGAGUCCCCUUCAGCUUUCCCGCAGCAAAUCCAACCUUCACAUGAGUCAAAGUGAAAAUGAGGAAAUGGUGGUUCAGGAACCUGUGGGUCUGUACCAGGCGUCCUCGGGGAAGAACAACCCCGACAUGCUCUACAUCUGUGUGGACACUGGGAAUGGACACUCCCUCAUCAAGUGGUCCAAUAUCGAAGAAGGGGUCAACUCAUAUCAGUUCACUGGAUUACAGCCUGGCACCAAUUACACUCUUUGUCUCACCUAUGGGGGGCAGGACUGCCAUGUACAAGUGGUCUUCACCACUAGGAAGAAGAUCCCCUCCCUUCUCAUCAUCGUGGUGGUUAGCAUCUUCCUCCUGGGCCUGGCCACCGUUCCCCUGCUGGGCGCCACCUGCUGCCACCUGUUGUACAAAUACCAAGGGAAGACCUACAAGCUCAUCAUGAAGGCACAGAAUCCAGAUCAGCUGGAGAAGCAACCCGCCGGAGAUUUCCAUCGCAGGGCUUCUUUGGUGGAAUCCGAGAAGACUUUCAACCCCAGUGACAUGGGCGACGGGGAGGGAGAGACCCCCGUGGGAGAAGGUGGAGCCGAGGGCAGCGUAGUGACCGAGUCCAUCCCGGGAUCUUCAUCCAAGACCAACCAGGAGGAGUUCGAGAUGGGUUCGGAGUACAGUGACAGACUACCGUUGGGGGCGGAAGCGGUCAACAUCUCGGAGGAGAUCAACGGUAACUACAAGCAGCCAAGCCAGUGAGAGCCUCUCAUUUGGCCAGUGCACACUUUUUGUAAGAUACCCAUAAGUCCUUUUUCCGUUUUUUACCUAAAAAAAAAAAACCCUCGCCAGUCACUGAGAUUGUAUUUGACAUUAGUAUGCUGUAAUGCUGUAAUUGCUGUAAUGUUAAACACUAAACAGAGGCUUGUACCAGCAGCAAUCCAAUGCACACAAUAUUGGUUUAUCAGUUAUUAGUUCAGUAAUUGCUGCAGAGAGCACAAAAAACGCUAUCAAUUUGCGCUAGGGACCAAUUUGUCGGUGCAAGGCCGUUUUUGUAACGAACAUUGUCAACCGGUUCAGCCUCUCAGGAAUUAUUUUUACGCCAAAACGGACGCUUUUUUUAAAAAUACAAAAAUGCCAAGGAUGCGACAUGUAUCCAAUUUUCCGACUCCACUUUUACAAUGAUUGUUUUAAUCGGAAGAUGUUAACAUAUAUCAGAAUAUCAUCUGACAUCUAUAAGGCUUUAAAUAUGCGCCAUGCUGUAUUGACAUUGUCCACGGCAUGACGUCACUGGUGUUUUAUUACUCUUUUCUUCGUGUCGUCUCCUAUAGAGGACUUGUAUUAUUUUACUACUUCAUAUAGAGAUGUUGCUGUUAACUUGUGCCGUGAAGUGAGUCUUAAUCUAUAUAUUUUUUAAUUUUUUAAAAUGAGUUUCUAUACGUGGCCCUCAAAAACAAAAGGACGAACGAGAGCGUCCUCGGCUUCUCUGUACUUUAACAUAUACAGUAGUGAGUUCUCUUUGUGAAAUAUGUCAAACGAAAAAAAAUACCUCUGUUGACUUUGAAGAUCUUUCGAUAUCAUUUCUUGUGAGGUUAAUAAAAUAUUACAACUUGGA